AUGAAGGGUCGUGUUUCUGCGCUACCCGGGAUGAUGAAUUCUAAGGAGCUUGGGACGCUUGGUGCUACCGUGGAUUAUGUGGGACCCCGUGCAAUCGCAGGAUUGGUUGACGGCAUGGAAGCUCGGGCCAAGGUCGAGAUGUGGAUGGACCGAUACGACAAGACUUCUUGUGAGGGUAGCAAAGAAGCACAGAAGAACUUGUAG